AUAUACAAACAAUAGAAAUACUUUCGUGUGCUAUUAUACGUAGUUCGAUAGUUUACAUUUCACGGGCCCCGUGUUGCACCCGCGUCGGUUUCGUUCCUGUUUCCAACGUAUAAGUGUAGCGUCAGUGAUUCGCGUGACGCGACGUAACCUUCAACGUUUGUUUUUCUCCGUUUAUGCGUUGUGUGUUCGUUUGAAUGAAAACGUCGCGAGUGUUGUAACAAAAACCACGGAAAACAGAAGAAGAAUACGGGAGCAAAAGGAAUUCCAGGCUACGGCAGAAUGCCCAUUGCCCAACAGGGUUUCGUUCCAUGGUAUUUCAACGAGGCCACUGCAAUGAGAAAAGAAUUCCUGAAGCCAAAGAAAAUGAUACAUCCAAAUAGCAGAAAGUCUAUCGCUAUUACGAAAAAAGCCAAAAAAAUAUCAAAUAGACAGAAGGCAGAAAUGUCCUGCUUGAUAAAACAGAAUUCAAUAGGAGAGAAAAUAUCGUGGAUCAGAAACAAUAUGAUUCCAGGCGUGUGUCCCUAUACUCCAGAGUUAACUGCAAGUUUGUUAGAAACGAAGGUAUGUAGCAAGAAAUGAUGAAGAAAUGAAAGAAAUUACUAUUAAAAGGUCUAUAGGUAGCAACAGGAGUAGACAGCAUGCAGGAGGGAACACAUAAUUAGAGUAGAAAGAACUAGGAGAAUAUCAUACACGUGGAAUAGAAAUUUCUGAUAUUUUAAAUGCAACUCAGUGUGAAAUGUUAUUGAAUUGGAAUAAUGAAUUACAGUGUGUGAAUAAUUUUAAAUUUAUAAGGUUUGGCGAGAAAGAUUUAAAGAAAGUAUUAGAGCUAAGAAAAAGAAUGAAAAUAAGCCAUAUUAGAAUAUCCAAAUCUCUGUUAGCUAUGCCUGUAAACAAGAAGAAUUUAUUAAGUAAGUCAAUUGAUUUAGAUGAAAAUAGUGUAAUGGAAAUAGAAUAAAUUCUGUAGAUAU